UAACAUAUAUGAUACACGGAUAUACUUGGUAGCUGUACACACAUGUAUACACACGACCAAAUUUUUACGUAUUAUGUGUGAUCGAGUCUUACGGACAAGGAAGUUCGGACCCCGUAUUUGACAUGAUAUCUUUCUACAGCGUUAAAUAAAAAAAUAUUUGUGUUUGUGAAAUACAACAUCGGAAUCUCACGGAGUACGGCUUAUAUAAUGUAAUUGUAAUUAUAUAAUGUAAUUACAUGACGGAUAAUUAGCCCAACAUGUUAUUUCUACUGCUUGUAUUCCUGUCAUCGUCAGAUGCUGUAACACUGACCGGGUUGUCUGAGUACGCUGUCCCCGGGAGUGAGUUUACAUUGACGUGUGACGUACCAGAGGAAGCAGCCCAAGUCCAGUUGUACCGCCGUCCUGGCGUGGCUGCUGCACAAGGUAGUAUACAAAUAGCUGGUGGUCAAUGUCACAACACCGCUACUACUCCGUCUGUCCUCUGUAGCCCGGAUAUCUGUUCCUGUACUACCAACUCGACUCUCUAUGGUACAGUGUUCCAGUGGGUCAUACAGCCACAGACAGGGGACCAUGGAUCUGUGUGGUAUUGUCAACGUACCAACGCAAGGCUACCUGCUGUUGACAGGCUUGUACACAGUCCUGACUACACACUUAACGUGGCAGGUGGUCCACGUACUGUUACACUGUCCCCACCGGACAUUACCUACACCAGGACUGAGGGGAACACGCUACCGGACAUCACCUGUACAGCUGACUGCAUACCUGGCUGUGCAUUUGUCUGGACUAAACCUGACAACACCAACUUUACUGCCUCAGCUGUGUUAUCACUGGGACAACUGGACAGAUCAGAACAGGGAACAUACAGAUGUACUGUUGGUAAUAUCUACGGAUCGUCAACUAUAUCAGCUGUGGUGACAAUACAGUUUCCUCCUGAAAUAGACAGCCUUGAGUACAACCAAGGAGACGCUGAUGUGACUGAAGACGGAUCCAAGACUCUCAUUUGUAAGGUGGAGAGUGUCCCAAAGUCUACAAUAACAUGGUACUACAAAAAUAAUGACACAAAUCUGUUUACCGCCGCAGAUGUACUGGAGAGUAGCUACACCCUGACUACUGCUGGCUGUCUGGACACAGGAUUGUACACAUGUUCUGCAAGGAACAGUGUAUCUAACACAGCAGUGACCAAGGACAUAAGGAUCAACGUUUUAUGUUCUCCGCGCCUCGAUCCAAGAUUGUUCACAGUCCGAAAGAUGUUGUUGGCCACUCAUGAUAAUCUAAUUAUGAAUGCCAUGUUUCUGUCAAACCCGGAACCCUCAUCAUUCACAUGGACUUUCCAGUACUCCUCACAUAAUUCGUUUACUGAGCUAAACGACGGGACAGACAACUUUGUUAUACAUAAUACACAUUUUUCAUCGAGCCUGUCAACCUUGUCAGUUGGGACACGUACGAACAUAAAAGAGGCCUGGUUUGGAGUAUAUAACGUAACGGCAAGAAACAGUGAGGGCUACGGGACACUCACUUUCACAGUUGCUGAUAAAGAAUGCCCCUGCAGUACCGACAGCAUGUAUGUAACAGGAGUUACCCUGAUUUGUACCAGUAUUCUCACGCUCCUGUUAACAGUUGGACUUGGAAUAUUCAUUAGUCGAAAUGGUAGACUGCCUUGUAUCAAAGGUCAGCAUCUGAAACAACGGGAAUUUCAGAACGUGCAACUUUCAGAACGAGCUGUGACACCCAAUGAAGAGGAAGACGAACGGUAAUCGUGUUUGAACAUUCAACACUUACUCAAAACAACAUUUUAGCGUUAUGGUUUGGUUUUAUUUUAUUCAUAGUCCAAUUAACAGCUCACUGAAAAACAAUGCCGAAUGCACCCAGUAUAGCAUUCCGUCCGGUCACAUUGUAAUGACAAUGGGUGAACUACUUGAUGCCAUUUCCCCAAAUGCUGAACGUUAAGCCGGGAAUAACAGCUACCAUUUUAAGGACUAUGGUAUUGUGACGUUUCCCAACAUGGUCCGUACCAGUCACACUGAAGAUUACGGCGCUAUGUAUCCAACAGCUCAUUAACAGCGAAAACUCAUCAUUUUUUUCUUUUUUUCAAACAGUACACAAUAUACUAAAACAUUACGGGCAUUUACUGGAAUCCCACCGUUGCCGCCAAUUUAUGUGACGUUUCCCCUAUGGUCCGUAUCAGUCACACUGAGUAUAUCUAUCCCAAAUGGGGUGCAUCUAUAUUCUAGUAUAGAUGCCAAUAUAUACAGAUAAGUUAAUCUAGCUCUGAAACAUUGCCUAUGUCCGAGCAAUCACUGC